AUGGAUAAGAAAAUCAAGAAGUUUCUGAAGGAUGCUGUACGCGUCGCACCUAAGAUCUCGAAUAAGGGGGAGCUGUUUGAAUUGAAAAAUGGGCUUGUCUCAAAGUACCCGCAAACACGUAAGGAUGCGAUUAAGAAGACAAUUCAGCAAAUGACAAUUGGGAAAGAUGUGUCUUCACUUUUUCCAGAUGUUUUAAAGAACAUUGCGACGCCUGACGUUGAACAAAAGAAAUUGGUGUAUUUAUACAUUAUUAACUAUGCGCAGACACAUCCUGAACUCUGUAUCUUGGCUGUGAAUACUUUUGUCACUGAUGCACAAGAUCCCAAUCCACUAAUUCGCUGUAUGGCAAUUCGGACAAUGUCCAUGAUUCGUGUUGACAAAAUGCUAGGGCAUGUGGAAGUUCCUCUGCGGAAGACGUUACAGGACGAUAAUCCAUAUGUUAGGAAGACAGCUGUUAUUUGCGUUGCCAAACUAUUUCAGCUAAACAGACAGCUCUGCAAGGAGUUGAAUGUGAUAACGGAUUUAAUCUCUGCAUUGGACGAUGAGAAUCCCAUGGUUGUUGCCAAUACGGUUGCUGCGUUAACUGAGAUAUAUGAGAUGGAAAAUACAGCGGUACCAUUGUCUUUACUUAUUGACUCGCAUAUGAAAAAAUUCCUCACAGUACUAAACGAGUGCACUGAAUGGGCAAGAAUUACGAUAUUGUCUGCCUUGGCGCAGUACGGAGCCAGGGAUUCUAGUGAAGCACAGGAUAUUAUAUUUCGCGUAACACCCCAUCUCCAGCACGUUAAUCCCGCUGUAGUUUUAGCAUCUGUGAAGGUUUUGGUUAAGAACUUAGAUAUGUUGACUGCCGAUGCACAGAAGCAAUCGCUGGAGAAGGUUUCCACGGCAUUGGUGUCGCUAAUGAGUACCCCGCCAGAAAUGCAGUAUGUUGCCUUGAGAAAUAUCCGGAUUUUGCUUCAGAAGUAUCCUGAACUAUUAGCUAAGGAAUUGUGCAUUUUUUAUGUGAAGUUUAAUGAUCCUCUGUACAUAAAACUGGAGAAGAUGGAUAUCAUGGUACGUCUAGCCUCGAAUGCGAAUACAAAGCAAUGCACAAUGCUGUUGAAUGAGUUACGUGAAUAUGCUAUGGAGUUUGAGCCAGAAUUUGUGUCUAAGGCAAUCCAGGCCAUAUCACAAUUGACAAUUAAGUUCUCUAACGGAAAUUCACACCCAGAUACGGCAAAGUUUUCCAACAAGGUGAUGGAAAUCCUUUGUAGUUUAUUACAAGAUAGAGACACGUUCCAGGACGAAUGUUUGAUUUCAAUCUGUGAUUUGCUCAGAUUCAAUCCAGAUCUAUCAAAGCUUCCGGUUUCCAUUAUAUCGACUUGGACGGAUGCUGAAUCUCGCCUUGUUACUGAUUAUGGCAAGUGUAAUUACAUCUGGUUAGUUGGUGAACAUCAGUUUUCGCAGGCAGAAGAGAAACUCCAACAAUUCAUCGAAUCAUUCCCACAACAAGGCCAAUAUACACAACUUGCAUUAUUGGUAACAGUCAUGAAAUUGCACAAAAAGUUGCCAGAGUCCACACUUCAGCAUGUAUUAAAUCUUGCCGUAACCCAGACUCAGGAUAUUGAUAUCAGAGAUAUGGCGAUUUUCUACUCGAGAUGCUUAUCGCUUCCUAAUUCGAAGUCGCUAAUUAAAGAGCUCUGCACAGCAAAGCUGCCAAACUUAACGAGCACCUUAGAUCAGUUUUCCACCGAGUUGCUUCACACUUUAUUGAAUGAACUCUCAACAUUAUCUUCCAUAUAUUACAAGCCUUUGUCCCAGUUCAAGAAGCAUUUCCCCCAACAGAACCAUUCCAACGGUAAAAAUCUUGAUUCCGUUAGUAAAGUCACCAACGCAGAAACUUUACUAGAUUUAGAAGAUACAUCCAAUACCGUCCCGAAUACUGUAAAUGUAGGAAGUGGCACACUUGCAGAGCUGAGCGAUCUUUUCAAUUUUAACGGCGAUCCUCUACUUGAUUCUUCUAAUUCUAAGAAAUCCACAGAUAAAGAGACAGUGAUGGCUAGUGGCAAUUCAAAGGAUUUAUUAGAUUUGUUUUAA